AUUGGUUAGUUUGAAGUUGUCCUUCAACCUGUUAACUGAGUGAAUAUCAACACGUCUUUGCAGUUAGAUAAUAGUCAGAGAGGUGAUUUGUGAAGAAUGUUUGAUCGAUUUAUGAAGGAUUUGAAUAGUGCGAACAAAAUGGCAGUGUCUGAUAAUCUAGACGUUUUAGAUCUCUCCAAACGACGUGAUUCUGUAGAAACUCGAAAAACACCGUCACCUUACAACACAGCUUCUAGCCCUGAUACCAAUUCUCCGAAAGCUAGCCCGGAUCAGUUGUUUGCUUUACACCAAUCGAAUAUAUUAAGUGGAAGCUCAUCGGGAGCACAUCCUUCUUUGCUAUAUCCGCAUCCAACCUAUUAUAAUCAUCCUUCAAAUAAUACAAGCGAGGAGAUAUUAGCACUACGACGUAUCCAAAGUUUACCGAUGUUUCCGACAAAUGGUACAUUUCCGGCAAGCCAUUUUGAUAUCAUCAAAACUGCGGCGGCAAUGCAGCGUCAAACAAUGAACGGGAUAUCGAUGUCUCCCCAUUCCCCCACGUUGCCAUCAUGCGAGUCCAAAGUUGACGUUGAGGAAACUAUUGAUGUAGGUACACCCCCAAAUCUGCGUCCUUCCGUCUUGUAUCCAGUUGUAAUGAAAAACGAUGGAAAGGUUGCUCGCCCCUUCAAGGCAUUUCCGCGUGACCCUAUUGCAAUGGCUGCAACAUUUACGGCAACAGAUGCCCUUUUGGAUGUUGAGAAGGCCGAGAAAUACAGAGCCUUUAGGAAACGAAUGCUAGAUCAGAUGUACGAGGCGAAUGGAGGUAAACCAACAGUGAGGAAUCCAAAAAUGAGGCGCGGUCAGGCAAUCAAGGAAGAACAGGCGAACGAUAGUUGUAGCAGCAGCGAUGACCACAAUUUAACCAAUUCUGAUGGACCAGAAAACAAUAAUGGUGAGAAUUCUUCUGUGAUCAGUCAGAACGGUUUAGUUAAAGACGCUGCGUAUUAUGAGAGACGCAAGAAGAAUAAUGCUGCUGCAAAAAAAUCAAGGGAUCGAAGGCGGAUUAAAGAAGACGAAAUUGCAGUGCGAGCAGCUUUUCUUGAACAUGAAAAUAUUGAAUUGAGGAUCGAAAUCGCUGCCAUGAAAAACCAACUGGCUCUACUAGGAGCUAGCGUGAGUAGAUAAGGGAAGGAUGAAAUUUGCGCUAUUUAUAAGAUACCUCCAUUGUGAUACUAGAAUUCAAAGAGAUUGUAAUACAUAUAAUGAAAAUUUACCCUACGCUACUACUAUUUAUCCUAGUACAAAACGUAUUUAUGAUACUAAGAAUUUAUAAUAAAAUGAAUUAUGCAAAUAUGAUUUUUUAA